UCGACUCCCCUCUAACUCUCUCCUCCUCGUCCUUCGUUUUCAUUCCCUCCUCGUACAACAUAGUAGCCGCGUUUCUUCCUGCCUUCCGACUCCCCGCUCCAACAUCGAGGAACGCGCGCGCGUGUGUAUUAAAGAAUCGUGGGCGAUUUGAAAAAAUUGGCCAACGACACGGCACGUGUGUGUACGUGGCGGAUAAAAGAGUUUAAAAAGUUGAAAAAGUUUUUGUGAGAAACGUGGUGAUUGUGGUUGUGCUUGUGGUGUGGUUGUGGUGCUGAAAUAAAAAGUGGUGGAGUAGAGUAGUGGUGGUGGUGGUGGCUUGUAAAUAUGGUGAAUCUUCGCGGAGACACACCCCCGGAGGAGACGUGACAGUAGGGGGAUGAGAGGAUCGGCGGUGAUCACGAUUCACAGCCGGUUGGAUUUAAGUCCCGCAGUGAGGGACUCUUGCCUCUUGGUUGGCUGGACCGGGUCGAAUUGAUGGCAAUGAUAGGCGCCAAUCUAAGAUUUGGGAUCGGCGCAUCGGGUAACGCGUCGUCAAACGCGACCAAGGUGUUCCAGUGUCAUCCAGGGGGCGCGACAGAGGCCAGCCUCAUCUUCGGCCUCGGCGCUCUGGGCAUGGGAGCGAACUUCCUGUUGAUGGCCCUGAUUCUGGCCAAGCGACAGUUGCGAAGAUGGUCACAAGGAUUGCUGUUCCAUCAGGCGAUGGUGGACUGCGCUCGAGCCGCGAUUUUAUUGCCCCUAGGUUCGAGCAUCCUCAACUGUCAACCGAUGACCAAGUGUUCCCUGGUCGAGACCGCGUUCCUAUUGCUUGUGACGGUGUCCACCGUGAACAUGCUGACAACAGUGCUGAACGACAGCCCGAUCUUCCCCGAAACCGACGAGGAGGCGGACCUCGCCGCUCCUUUGCUCAUGGACUCGCCCCAGUGCGUUCUUUUCGGCACGUUCAUGAUAUGGUUCGCGAGCAUCACGAUCAACCUGGGCCCAACGUUUCUGAGCGGCGCACUUGCCGCGAACACUGAAUCGGGUCACAACGCGCCGAGCUGCCCUCUUGUGCACGGCCCGUUCCGCCAUUACAUAUUAAACGUCCUUUGGAUCGCCAUCAACAUGAUCUGCGUCGCCCUCACCCUCAUCCAUCUCAGGAAACUGCACAAAGAUUUGACCAAGGCGAACGUCGAAGCGGUAAAGGUAGCACUACUAACAAUUCUCGUGAAUACAACGGGUAACCAACAAACGAAUGCGGUUCCUGAAAAUUCUGCCGCAUCCACGAAUGGUGGCACGCCCAAGAGAAGCGGGGCGGCGGAGGAGCACCGAAAAAUGAGAAAUUACUUAAAGAGGAUGGAGAGGGAGGGCGUACAGAGAGUGAAGAUGUUUCUGGUCAUCACCGCCGCGUACGGAAUCUUUUGGGGACCACUGUUCUUCGUCACCCUGGUGGAUCAUCCUAUCAUCGGUAAUCCAACCGGUUACGAGGUGACUCUACAUAUCGCGUACAUUCACGCAUUCGUGAACCCGGUACUCUUCCUCAGCCUACACCGUGGUCUACGUCAAGGUCUUUCGGAAUUCUUCUGCGGCUGCUGCGAGGUGAUCGCCAGCUGGAUCCUGGGUCCAAGCAUCCCCGUCGAGAGUACGGUGCAACCGCCACGGUACCAAGAGCCGAUCGAGGCGGUCCCUUCGCCCCCCGAACCACCACUGGUUCAGCCUAACGCGUGUCCCGAUCUUACGGACGUGGCCCUCCUCAAACCGCCCUUGCCGCCCACCGGCAAACACUUACUGGACGACUCCGUGAUCGUACCACCGGAUCCAUGGAUUCUGGUGUCAAGAUCGAAAAGCACGUCGAGCAUUUACCAAGAAGAUGUUAGUAGAAGAUCGAGCAUAUUAAUACCCCCACCUCUGAAAUUAAGCGACUCGAAAGUGAACGUCAGCCCGACUAGCAGCGAUUUGCCUAGCGAAUGAUCGCCUAGGAGAAAAAAAAUGUUCUUGAUAGAAAAUAUUCGUUCGACCAAUUGAGCCGUUCUAAUAAAUUAAUUUUAAUAU